AAUGGAAUCACGAUCAUAUAAUUUCUCCACUGCUAAAAAGAGAUCAACUUAAAUGGAAAGCAAAGUCAUUUUGUAAUUUCAUUCACCCUAUUUCAUCUUAUAGUUUCCCAAGAGAAGAUGAAAAUGCCCCUAGAACAAUUAUUUUGAAGUAAGAAUGUCCAGGAGAGUUAGCUGCAUUUAAAGAAGUAUAAAGUAAUCCAAAUAUGAUUAGUGUGUUGUCAGAACUAAGGAUGAAUCAAAAUGUAUGCAAUUCAAGGAUGGUACACAAUGAAAUUAAUAAUAGCAUUAUUGGAAUGUGGUAAACCUGCUUUUAGAAAGGCCAACACUACUCCAGAUUAUCAAUUCUGAGCAGU